AUCACUGUUGCUCCAUGUCACACACCUUUGUAUACACCAGACCCCUUUGCUCAUGACGGGAAAUCUCUGCUACAGCCUUGUCCAACAGUAACUGCAAACUACACAAGGAUAAUGUUGCCCUGUUUAAAUUUUGCUGUGGUCCUCUGUGUCCUUGUCCAAGUCUUCUGCAUCACCGCUGAUAUAGACACGAGUAGCUUCCUGAUUUUCAAUGAAGAUCACAACAAGUGCGUAAAGGUGGCGAGUGCCACCUUUAUAACAGUGGAUGCUUGUAAUCCUCAUGCCAAAGAUCAACAGUUCCGAUGGGUCUCUGAGUCUCGUCUCCUCAGUUUGUCCCUUAAGCUGUGUUUGGGUACUACAGCGAUAAAAGACUGGGUGAAGGUGCAGCUCGUGGAAUGUGAUGAGAGCAAUGACCUCCAGCAUUGGCAGUGUAAGAACGAUACCCUCUUUGGCCUAAAAGACCAGGACCUGCACUUAAACUGGGGCAACCGCAAUGAGAAAAGCGUCAUGAUCUACAAAGGUUCUGGGAUCUGGAGUCGCUGGAGGAUAUAUGGCACUCAGGGGGACCUCUGUUCAAAGGGAUAUCAAGAGAUAUUCACACUAGGAGGAAAUGCUUUUGGAACCGCUUGUCAGUUCCCUUUUAAGUUCCAUGAGAAGUGGUACGCCGAAUGCACUAAAGACGGUCGUACGGAUGGACAGCUGUGGUGUGCCACAGAGAGAGAUUAUGAUAAAGUGGGAAAAUGGGGACUUUGUCCAACCAGAGCAUCCUCCAACUGGAUCACUGACCCUGUCACAGGGGUUCAGUAUCAGUUAAACGCACAGUCAGUGUUGACUUGGUAUCAGGCCAGGAAGAGCUGCCAGCAGCAGGGAGCCGACCUCCUCAGCAUCGUAGAGCUGCAUGAGCAGUCAUACAUUUCAGGGUUAGCAAAUCAUUUGGGCUCAUCUCUGUGGAUUGGGCUGAACAGCUUGGAUUUUGAUAGUGGAUGGCAGUGGAGCAACGGAAACCCUUUCAGAUAUUUAAACUGGGCCCCAGGUCAUCCAUCAUCAAACUCUGGGUCAAACUGUGCAACCCUAAAUGCUGCAAAGGCCUCAAAGUGGGAGAGCAGUGUGUGCAGCAAGAAACUUGGUUACGUUUGUCGUAAAGGAAACGCUACCAGUCUGCCCCCACCAUCGACCAAACAGCCUGGCUUUUGCCCCAAUCACUGGGUUCACUAUGCAGGAAACUGCUACUAUCUGGUGAGGACUGCAGAGAUGUGGAGUAAUGCUUUAGCUGCAUGCCGCAAAGAAGGAGGAGAUCUUGCCAGCAUACAUAACAUAGAGGAGCAGAGCUUCAUUAUUUCUCAAUCUGGAUACAUGCCGACAGAUGUGCUCUGGAUUGGCAUGAAUGACCAAAAGAACCAGAUGCUCUUUGAAUGGUCCGAUCACUCACAUGUCACCUUUACCCAGUGGCAGAGUGAUGAGCCCUCUCAUCUCACCAGCUUCCAAGAGGACUGUGUCCUGAUUCAAGGAAAGGAUGGUAAGUGGGCCGAUCACACUUGUGAGAAGUUGCAUGGAUAUAUGUGCAAGAAGAAGGCCUCGGCUAAACCAAUUGGAGGCAGUCUAGCAGAAGUCAACAAAGGGUGCACUCUUGGAUCAAUCAGGUUUGGUUCAUACUGUUAUAACAUCGGAGCUGAGAAAAAAACCUUUGAAGAGGCGAAGCAGGCAUGCUCAGGGGCUGGUGCGAACCUGGUGGAUGUGUCUGAUAGAUAUGAGAAUGCUUUUCUGGUCAGUUUGGUGGGCUUGAGACCAGAGAAGUACUUCUGGACAGGCUUAUCGAACACAGAAGACAGAAACAUGUUCAAAUGGAUGACUGAAAGAGCGGUCACGUUCACUAAUUUCAAUGUGGGAAUGCCAGUUCACUCCUUAAUAAAGGCGUACAAGAAACGUCAAGAGGAAAAGAAGACUUGGUCUGAAGCACGGGAUUUCUGCAGGGCCAUUGGCGGGGACCUCAUAAGCUUACACAGUCAUCAGGAAUGUAGAGAGCUCAAUGUCUACUACAGUGAAAAAUUCUGGAUAGGCCUCAGCUUACAGGGAACCAAUGGAGGUUUUGUCUGGAGUGAUGGAUCACCGUUUGACUUUGAGAACUGGGGCUAUGGAGAACCAAAUAACCACAAUGACAACGAGCACUGUACAGAGAUGGACUCUAACUUAAGAAUGAGGUGGAAUGAUCGACACUGUGAUGCCUACAAUAGCUGGAUUUGCCAGUUACGCAAAGGUGUGACUCCCAACCCCGAGCCUGUGAUAUCUGUACAAGAAUACAACACCACAGACGAUGGAUGGCUUCUAUACAAUGACAGCCAGUAUUACCUGAACAUGAAAAAACAGAGUAUGGAAGCAGCCAGAGCCUAUUGCAAAAAAAACUUUGGUGAACUUGUAGUCAUCACAGGAGAGAGCGAGAGAAAGUUCCUUUGGAAACAGAUUUCUAGAGGAACACAAGGACAGUACUACAUCGGCCUGAUAGUGAAUUUAGAUAAAUCAUUUAGCUGGCUUGAUGGCACCCCUGUAACUUACACCGCAUGGGAACACAAUGAGCCCAACUUUGCCAACAAUGAUGAAAACUGUGUGACUAUGUACAACAGCAUGGGGUACUGGAAUGAUAUUAACUGUGGUAUUGAGCUUCCGUCGAUAUGUAAGAGAAGCAACAGUUUUAUCAAUACAACAAUGGCCCCGACCACAGCUCCCAAAGGAGGAUGUGCUCCAGAGUGGCUAGCUUUCCAAGGAAAGUGCUACAAAUUUGUUGUGGGGAAUCACAAAAACUGGCACGAUGCCAGGACACACUGCAUAAACCAGGGAGGAAAUCUGCUUUCUAUAACCAGUGAGAAAGAGCAAGCUUUCCUAACAACACAGAUGCUGAACUACAAGGAAGAUUUUUGGAUUGGUAUGAAUGAUGUCAACUGGGAGAUGCGCUUUGUGUGGACAGAUGGGAAAAGUAUUUCCUACACCAACUGGGCCUUAGGGGAGCCAGCAUCAGCACCUCCAGGAAGAUAUUUUCAUGAGUCCUAUGACUGCGUGAUCAUGAUGGGCACCAGUGCCAGAAAAACUGGAUACUGGAAGGUGGAUGACUGUCAGUCAGAUUAUGGCUUCAUCUGUAAAAGAAAAAUUGAUUCACAAAUUGCUGUCAAACCCACAACUGUGUCACCAAAGACCUUCUACAAGCUCGGCAAUGACUCCUACAAAGUGGUGACCCAGAAAAUGCGCUGGGAUGAGGCCAGGAGGCAGUGCCAAGCAGAUGAUGCAGAGCUGGCUAGCAUCCUGAGCCCCGUAGCACACGCAUACGCCACCUUGCAGAUUCUCAAGUUCAACGAGCCUUUGUGGAUUGGCCUCAACAGCAAUGUGACUGGUUUUCACUUCAAGUGGGUGGAUAACUGGGCUCUGUCUUACACCAAAUGGGGCAAAAAUGAACCUAAAAAUAACUACGCCUGUGUGUAUGUAGAUGUGGACAAAACAUGGAAGACUGCACCAUGUACCAAUACCUAUUAUUCCCUUUGCAAAAGGUCACAAGUUGUAGCUCCCACUGCUCCCCCGCAGCUUCCUGGAGACUGUCCACAAUCAACAAGCAGGAGAACAUGGAUACCUUUCAGAGGCCAUUGUUAUUCCUUCUUCAGCUCAGUGACCAACGACUGGGCCCACGCCUCAAUUGAAUGUAUAAAAAUGGGUGCUUCUCUAGUGAGUAUUCAGGACCCUAUUGAGAGUAAAUUCAUAGAAGAGAAUGUGGAGAUUCUCCAGGACAGUGCCAAAACCUUUUGGAUUGGCAUGUACAAGACCCAUGAAGACAAGUGGAUGUGGAUCGAUGACAGCCCUUUGGACUAUACCAACUGGAAAUCAGGAAUGCCACAGUCAGAGUCGUGUGUGUACAUCAGUUCUUACACUGGUCUGUGGAGUACGACAGAGUGCAGAAGGUCAUUUUCUUUCAUCUGCAAAACACCAAAAGUUAUUAAACCUACAGAAAAGCCUCCAUUUGUUGCCCACGUCGUCCAGGAAACUACACACGGGUCCGCUGGCAUCACUGUGGCUAUAGUAUUAAUUGUAAUCGCCAUAGUUGGACUUGGUGCCUUCCUCCUGUUCCGUAAAAGGAUACCUAGGAUACCUGCCCCCACCCUGGGAGAAUCCACCUUUGACAACAAGUUAUACUUCAACAAUCCAAACCGAGCAGCGGUGGACACCAAAGGGCUGGUCGCGAACAUAGAACAGAAUGAGCAAGCAUAGAAAGGCAGGAGAGGAUUGGCAAUCAACCCCAUGAAAAUUAGAUUUCUGCUUUCAUUUUAUGUUUAUAUUUUGGAUCACUUCUCUGGAAACUGGAACUGUUUGGUGGGGGGGGGGUUGGUUUGUUUGUUUUGGGUGGGGGUUUGAGGCAAUUGUACGAUUUGUAUGAAAAAUAGUGAUUACAAAUUAUUGCGUUUUUGUUUUUCAUGAUAAUGUAAAGUGUGAAAUGUGUACAAAUUUUUUUGUUUUGUUUUAAUGAAUGAUGAGAAUGGCAAAAAGUGAAUUUUAGUGCUAUUUGACAAAUCUUUUUAUGGCAUUUAAAUCAAAGCCUGAUUAAAAAAAUUU